CACUUACUAGCUUGCGGAACAAAAGCCGUCUGGUCGCUGCGCUCCUCCCGCCGGAUGCGACCGACAGGACGCCAAGACCUUCGUUUCCAGUUAAAGUUUGUUUUAAAGCGUUUACCGUGUUGUGUGUUAACAUACACAGUGUCGAAGUGUAAAUCCCGGGGCUUGUGACGAGUAUUUUUUGUCCGAACUCAACCAACGAGGGAUUCUCGCGAGAAUCUGAAUAUUGUGAAAUGCAAUUGAACUAAUCAGGGGGAAACAGAGUGUGAGACUAAUAAACACCGUCCGGCUGACGUGGAUCCUCCUGGAGUCCUGUGGUGAUCUGGAAGACGCAGAAAUGCAUGCAGGGUUUGCUCACUUCUAUCUGGACGUGUUCUUGUGAAUGGGACUGUGUAGUCUCUUCUGAUUGGCUGAGGCUCUCGGGUCGGCUCUGCUCAUGAGGUAACACAGCCUGUGGUUGUUGAUGCCCGAGGCUGGGCAGUGAUGGGGCAGAGGGUAUCGGGUGUGGUCAAAUCAGCGGAUGAGCAGGAGGUGGGUGAGCUGGCGUACCCACCAGUGUGUGCGGCGCUUCGAAAUCGAGGUGUGCCGUUACCUGCCCGUCUGGAGCUGCUGUUGGAUAUGCCUCCGGCCGGUUCGGAAGCCCAGCUUCAGCACGCUUGGAACCCAGACGACCGCUCGCCAAACCUGUUUAUCAAAGACGACGACCGGCUAACGUUCCACCGCCAUCCGGUGGCCCAAAGCACAGACUGUGUGCGCGGGAAAGCUGGCUUCACCCGAGGUUUGCAUGCAUGGACUUUACGAUGGCCUGUACGGCAGCGGGGCACGCAUGCUGUGGUUGGAGUGGCCACUUCUUUGGCUACGUUGCGAGCUGUGGGAUAUUCUGCCUUAGUCGGAAGUGAUGCUGAAUCCUGGGGGUGGGAUUUGGGACGAGGGCGGCUUUACCAUGAUAGAAAGAGCCGAUCUGGGCCUGCGCCGCCAUACCCAGAGUUCGUGGAGGAUGAGGAUGAGGAAGGCACGUUCUCUGUGCCGGAGGAGAUUUUGGUGGUGUUGGAUAUGGACGAGGGAACGCUGGGAUUCUGUGCUGAUGGGAAUUAUCUAGGAGUGGCGUUUCGAGGGCUGAAGGGGAAGCGCCUGUACCCGAUCGUCAGCGCCGUCUGGGGCCACUGUGAAGUCAGCAUGAACUACAUCAACGGAUUAGAUCCUGAACCCCUGCCGCUGAUGGAGCUGUGCAGAAGAGCGGCUCGACAGGCUCUGGGACGCCACCGAAUCCAUCACAUCCAGUCUCUGCCACUGCCACAGACACUCAAAAACUACCUGCAGUACCAAUGAGAGACUCAAACACACACCUGCGGUCACUGGACACGAGCUGUAGAGUCUUCGCACAGAUACGCUCAUAUUUUUAGGAUGCCAUCAAACGAUGAGUACCUGGUUUUUAUACAUGAUUAUGAGAUGAUUGUAAUAAAAGGUGUUUUACGUUCAUGUCUUCCGUGGGAAUAGUUUUGUUGAGCUGAUGUUUUUUAUUAUUGUUCUUCACUUUUAACUCAGAACUAAGGACUUAACGUUUUCUGGACAUAAAUAGAGCAUCAUGUUCAAAUAAAUUAGAUUGACUUAUGCAUUUUAUUCCAGGAAACAAACACACAACGAGGUUCUUAUUCUGUCACCAGUCUUCACUAAUAGACAUCCGCAGUGCCUAAGAUCUUUUACAAUCUUUGUUUUGUUGGUGUGUGUGUGUGUGUGUGUGUGUGUGUGUGUAUUAAAUAUAUAUGUAUAUUUUCAGUUGUAAUCAUGACGAAGCUGAUUCAAUCGGUUUUUAGCAUAUAAACGCGAGGCUUGUUGAGAUUUUUACAGAUUUUUUUAUAUGAAUUUGAUGUUUGUCUUUUACAUCACAGAUCAAGCAGAAACACAACUGUUGUUCAUUCAUGACCUUUGAAAUGUGAAUAAAAUGAAAACUUAAAACAC